AUGCAUUUGAUUUUCAGGUGGCAUUACAAGAUCACAUAAAACACGUAAGAGCCGAAAAAGAAGCAUCUUUACAAGCGGAAAAGGCAGCGUUGGAACCAAAAAAAGAUUAUAGUUUAAAAGAAGGACAGACGAUUAGUAUCGUAAUAGGAAAUCAUCAUCACACAUCAAAAACAACUCGCCCACAGAAUGAAAGCAAUGAAUCAUCCGCAGAUGUCCCGCUUUUACCUCCACCGCCUUCUACUUCAUCUAUUAAACAGCAACAACGUAUAAUGAAAUCAUUCGCUACAGUGGCAAACUCUUCACAAAAUCAAAUAUUAUCUGAAAAUAACGAUUUUGGCGGUUUUGUUGAUUCUUUCUCUUAA